UGCGUCGAAGUGGGCUCCUGCUCUCCACACGCUACUGCACCGUCUGGAUACUUCUGUCGCCCAUCCUCUGCCUCUGCCCUCCCUUCGUCGCCUGCUUCACGGAGCGGCGACGACGCUGCCGUGCCACCACCCCAUCAGCAGCAGCGCGGGCAGCAAACGUCGUGCCCGGAAGCGAUCGCGCGUCAUUCGAUCUCCGCCCAGGAAACGAAAGGGUUUGGCUUUGCAAGUGCCCCUCCGCGCGCCCUCGAUCGACAGCCGCUCAUAACCUGCUCGGGUUUGCGCCUUCGUGCACCAAGGCUCCGGCAAUGGCCGCCAGAAUCAAUACCCUUCCGCCGUCGACGUACAUGUUCAACACACGAUCGCACGACGACCAACAUGACAUCGAGGAGCCCGAGAGUCCCGUGGACGGCGUACGCCCAGGAAGUAUAGACUCGAUCAAGCUGCGACCCGACGGGACCCGAAGUGUAACGGACCCUCCACCUUCUGCCCUGCUGCAGAGCUACUUCAGUACCGCGAGCAGCGCUCGUCUCGCCAACAUUCAACGCAAUCGCUCGCCCUACUCCAGGACUCACCUCCGCUCGCGAUCGAGCGGAGCCGCGUUGAGCGCUCCAACCAUGACCCGCGCACAUUCCAGUCCCGCCGUACACUCUGCUGCACGCGCUCCCGACCUCACACUUCCCGCUCCGGCGUCGCUCACGCCCAGCAGCCCAAUGCGGUCUCCAGCACGACAGCGAUCACCGCUGCGGCCUGCAGAAGAAACAUCACACUCUUCGAACCCCCCACAACGAUCACCCAGUUGGAUAGAGUCGGCGAGAGGCGGAGGCGCCAUCGAAGCUAUUCAGGAAGACAGUGAGCUAGAUCUUACACCGCGACAAACACUUCCGACAUACGGAAUGCCUUUUGCACGUUCCUCGUCGUUGCGGCGACGUCCAGCAAGUCCCUUGCACUCUGUGACGAACGCCGUCCCACCCACAUCGGCACCUUCAAGCGGCCUCGAAAACAGUAGCACAUCAUCAGGAUCCAACUCGCCUGCGCUUGGCCCGCAGCGAUUCAACGAAACGAUGCCUCCGCUGAACCACUACGCGAGCGCCUCGUCCUUCAGCUCGCUGAGUAGCUUUCCUUCGACUCCGACAUCGCAGCGCUCCCGAUCUCCUUCGAUCAGCUCUCUGGACACCAUUGAGGAUGCGCCGGACAUGGAGCAAGAGGCAAUUGAGGCAGAGCGGAUCGAGAAGCUGAAAUUGGCAGCUGAGCGUGCGGAUAAUUCCGAGGACGACGACGACAAUUCGCGAAGACGCAGCAGUCUAGACCAGCCGCGAGGAUUUGGAUUCAGCAGAGGAGGCAGUCGAGAACGCAAGCGCUGGUCUGUUUGUGGAGGCGAGAGGCGAGUAGAUCUCGACCUGGACACGAUAUGGGAGGAUUGAACGCAGUUUUGUUUUCACGGCGCAACUGAUGGAGUUUGUUUCACCUAGAAAUGGUAAUGAAGCACGGCAUGGGCAUUCGCGGGCGGUGUCUUUGGUUUUCUAGGAAGAGUGGCAUGGAGUUCAGGGAGCGGGCUACUGGAUGCCUUUGUUUUAACAUCACGAUACCCACGCGGCUUGACACGGCGCGCGAAGUUAUGUCAAUAGCGUAUUAGGACGAUAUGUAGUGUGUACUAAUCACCUAUCAA